AUGGUUCAAGAAAGAGAUUUAGCAAGGGAGCCUUGCCCAGAUAGAAUAAUAGAAGACAUGGGUGGGGCAUUUGGUAUGGGAUGUAUAGGUGGAUAUAUAUGGCAUUUUUUAAAGGGCGCAAGAAAUAGCCCUAAAGGAGAUAUGUUAAGUGGGGCUUUAUAUAGUAGUCGUAUGAGGGCACCGAUAUUAGGUGGUAAUUUUGCUGUAUGGGGUGGAACAUUUAGCUGUUUUGAUUGUACAUUUCAAUAUAUAAGAAAGAAAGAAGAUCAUUGGAAUGCUAUUGGAAGUGGAUUUUUUACUGGUGGUGUUUUAGCUAUGAGAGGAGGGUGGCGAUCUUCUUCGAGAAAUGCAAUAGUGGGGGGCGUUUUAUUAGCCAUUAUAGAAUUUGUUUCAAUGGUGUUAACACGUAAAACAACACCAACGCCUAGACAACAAUUUCAACAGCAAAUGGAAAUGGAAAAAAAAAUGGCAGCUCAAAAAACUAAAUAA